UCGAAUUUGCACAGAAUCCAGUCCAAUUCUAUUUGCUUCAACCAUGGCGCUCAUUCCGCGCGUUGCUCGCGAGUCGACUGCGUUUCUGCUGUGCGACAUUCAAGAGCGCUUCCGCAACUCGAUUGUCCACUUUCCGUCUGUCAUCCACGUCGCCACCACCAUGACUCAAGCUGCGGGUAUCCUGAACGUCCCUCUCAUCGUGACCGAGCAUGUCCCACAAGUGUUCGGCAAGACCCUCUCGGAAAUCUCGGCCGUCUAUCCCCGCAAUACGAACAUUUUCUCAAAGACCAAGUUCUCCAUGGCGACGCCAGAGGUGGCGUCGUUCUUGACUGCAGGCAAAUUCCGCUCUGUCGUUCUGUUUGGCAUUGAGGCCCAUGUCUGCCUCCAGCAGACCGCGUUGGACCUGGUGUCUGCUGGCUACGGCGUGCAUGUUCUCGCCGAUGGCUCGUCCUCUUCCCGCCAGUUUGAGCGCACCAUUGCCUUCGAUCGCUUGCGACAGGUUGGUGUCACCAUCACUUCCAGCGAGUCCAUGCUGUUCGAGCUGAUGCAGGAUGCCAAGUACGAGAAUUUCAAGUCGAUUCUCGAGCUGGUGAAGCGCACGCGUCCUGAUUCCGGCCUGUGAAGGCACCGAAUAAAUACAACCAAACCAAAAACCAAA